AUGAGUUUACCAACCUUGGCGGAGUCGGACGAAGUUGGGCAGUCUGUGGGGCUGGAAAAUAUCUGCAACCUUACUGUGGGUCCGCAUGAAUCCAAGCACUUCAAGAAACGGGCCUUCUCUUCUAGCCAGCUUCCCUGGAGCACUGGGAUCUUCCACUCUGCGGCGGUCGGCGGUCAGCCGCAGUUCUUGAAGUGGGUGUACUCUUUGCAGCGCGGAACAAUAUGUGCGGCGGCAGCUCAAAAGGGCUCCCUUGCCGUGUUGCGAUGGGCGCGCGCGCAAGGCUGCCCGUGGGAUGCUGACGUGUGCAUCGAAGCGGCCAAGAAGGGGCACUUGGCAAUCCUACAGUGGGCGCGCUCCGAAGGGUGUCCCUGGAACGCUGAGGUUUGCUCUGCGGCGUUUUGGAAACGUCACUUUGGGGUCUUACAGUGGGCGUUGGUUCACAAGUGCCCUUUUGAUAACACACUUCUGGAUCAUGCGGCGAUGUCGGGCCAGCUGGCAGUGCUUCAAUGGGCGCACAAUGCCGGCGCGCGGCAAAGGGAGUUCUUGUGCGAGAUGGCAGCAGCCGGAGGGGAUCUGAGAAUGCUGAAGUGGGCACGGUCUGCUGGCUAUUCUUGGGACGCGGACCUGAUGUGUCGGAACGCUGUCCGAAGCGGUAACUUGGAAGUGCUUCAGUGGGUACAUUCGCAGGGCUGUCCGCUAACAAGAAGGGCGUGCAAUCAUGCGGCGGAAGAGGGCCCCUUAGACAUGAUGCGGUAUAUGCGAACACAGGGCUGUUCUUGGGACGGAGAUGUGAUGCAGCACGCCGCAGAGGGGGGGCAGUUGGCAAUGGUGUUAUGGAUGGAGUUGGGUCUGGGUGCCGAGUUGGCAGCGGUUAUUGGGAAGCUUGCACACAUGCCAUGGUUGUAG